AUUAUCGUGGUGUGCGUCGGCUUCUUGGUCUUCAUGAUCGUCUUGGGCGUCAUCCGCAUCAGAGCCGCACACCAGCGCUCCGGCGACCACAGGGAUGACGACCAGGAGAUGGCUUGGGAUGACUCGUCACUCACUAUUACCGUCAAUCCAUUGGAUCAAAUAGAAGAACAGGAAUCGCAACAAAUGCACGACGAGGACGAAGACAGCGACAGUUCCGACGACGGGAGCAGUUAUCACGAGGACGGGGACAGCACUGAAGACGAGGCCACCGACAAGACGAAGACCCGGCGAGAGCUCGAGUGGGAUGACUCCACUCUCAACUUCUAAUGCCAACCAUUAGGAGACAUAAAGUUAUUAUUAAGCGUCGAAACAGAGACACAAAAAUCUUUGAGUCGACUGAGAGAUUAAAUCGAUUCGUUGGACCAAUUGAUUGAUUAAAUCUCUCAGUCUUUCGCCAAUUUUAAGACAAAAAAGCAUUUAAUUAUUUAUAUUAUUAUUGAAUCCAUCGCUGGCUUUUGUUUCUACAAAAACUACACGACAUCUGAUA